GCGCGGCGCGGGACGCGGCGUCUGCCACCGAGGUCGCUGCGCCGUGCGGGUCCCGCUCUGCCCAGUGCUCCUUCCCCAGGGUCGCCGGCCCCGACUCCACGCCGCCGAGAUGGUGAAGCAGAUCGACAGCAAGGUUGCUUUCCAGGAAGCCUUGAACAGUGCAGGAGAUAAGCUCGUAGUAGUUGACUUCUCGGCCACGUGGUGUGGACCUUGCAAAAUGAUCAAGCCUUUCUAUCAUAGCCUCUCUGAAAAGUAUUCCAACGUGGUGUUCCUGGAAGUAGAUGUGGAUGAUUGCCAGGAUGUUGCUUCAGAGUGUGAAGUCAAAUGCAUGCCAACCUUCCAGUUUUUCAAAAAGGGACAAAAGGUGGGUGAGUUUUCUGGAGCGAAUAAGGAUAAACUUGAAGCCACCAUUAAUGAAUUCAUCUGAUCAUGUUUUCUGAUAACAUAACUCCACAGCUGUAAUUUUUUUUUUUUACAAAAAAUGAGAUCGAAUAUGAAGACUAUAUAACCCAACUACCAUUGAUUGUAACAAUAAAUAUUAAUUGUACCCUUUUUAAAACUG